GAGAAAGAAAAAAAAUAUUUAAAAAUACGAAGUUCGUGAUAUUUUUAAAAAUUAUUUAUAUGUAGACUGUGGCCUUUUGGAGAAAUAUCGAAAAUAAAAUACAAAGGUUUGAUAGAGCUUGCAGUUUUUCGCGAAUUGCGGCGGUCAGGUUGCGUAUCUGUAUCAUAUAUUAAAACGAGUUCUUAGUGCGAAAUCUUAUGCGGAUACGUACGACAGUGUAAGAAAUCUUGUGAUCAAUGAUCACUGGGUUGUGGUCGAAACUUAAAGCCGUAUGUAAAAUCUUCAAGAAACAACAACCGCCGUCAUGCUGAGCCUCAGGCUGCCACAUUUUCACACGAAACGUAGAUGCGAAGAUGCCAGAGACAACGUGGUGGCUGUUAUGACAGAUGACGAGUGCGCCAUGGAAAGACUGCGGGCCCUCAACAGUCUGCCCGUGGACAAGUACACUUCGGUCUCUGUCAUACUAGAUGAGUGUAGACAAAUCAAAAUGGACAAAAAUGACCCUGUGCUGAAGUUGGGUUCCUUCACCAAAAAGUUGCAGCUCCAACCUUUGUGCUCCAAUAUUCCUCCUUUAGCGACCAAGUCAGUUAAGUCGGCCCAAAGUCUCAACACAAGAAUGCCUCCUCUUUCAUACGAAGAAGAAACGCUUCGGCAAUGCAUUGUUCCUCGUCAACAGCAGCCAUCUCGCCCACACAACGGAACAGUUUACCCAGUCGAGUUCGCCAGCAUGCCUCCAUACACAAGUCCUGGCUAUUCUGUCCCGGGCGUGAAGCAGUCAAUAGGUGUAGUCAGGCACCCCAAAGUUCCGGCGGCUCCGUCAAUGGGUGUGGUUGGUGAAGAAAGGAUGAAAGUGCCAACUUGGGUGUCUCCUCUGUACAAACCAUAUGGUGUAGGUGGUCCUUACGGACCCAACGGGCCCUUCUAUAGAAUACCCAGCCAAUCGUGUCACAAGAUCAUCGAGCCAACAUUCUGGAGGCAUCCAAUUACAUAUAUAAGGAAUGCCAUUCAUGGAAGGCCAAAGUGUAAAUUACACCCGAAAAAGGUCAUGCCGAAAAUGUCAGCUUUACCCAACGUCAAAAAACUGUUUAUGGCAAAAGAAAGUUUUAUGAAAUUCAAAAAGGGCAAAAAAAAAGAGGACAAGCCAGUGGAGGAAAAGAAGGGAAUCACGGAUGAAUUGGCAGCCACGGCGCCUGCAGAUGACAAGGGUGAGGCUGGUGGUGCUGAAAAGAAAGCGGAAGCUGGUGAUAAUGAGACGAAAGACUCUCAGAACUCUGCUAAGGAAAAAACAGACCAUGAGCACAAGGAAGAACCUAGAGUGGAGCCUAAAGUAGAGCCUAAGGUAGAACCUAAAGUAGAGCCUAUAGUAGAAACUAAAGAAGACACUAAAGAAGAAACUAAAGAAGGAACUGAAGACUUAAAUAAUACUAUCAUAUCUAUUGGCUAAAAGUCCAUCAGACAUCAACAUACAUUGUUAAAUAGUCAUUUAUUUUGGUGUGUGUGUGUUUUAUUCAGCAGAAGUGGCAAGUUUCGACUGUUACCGCUUCCAACAUGUUCCCCAAUGACGAAAAAAAAAAACAUGUUUAGUUGCUUAAUGAGCAGCUUUUAAAACUGGGACUUUUAGUUUCUUCUUGUAUGCUCCUUUCUUUCAGAGUGAUCAUUUUAGGCUGGGACUAGUCUAUCUAUCGGCUCAAUUUCCUUUAAACAUCUUUUAGUCAAACUGGAUAUAGGCCUACUUUCCAAUUGCCUACUUUAGUGAACUCAACCAUUUGUCCGUUCUUUGCAGUGUUGCUUCUAGCGUGUAAAAGGAAUAAGGAUUAGAUUCAUAGGCUCUGCAUUCAAAACGAAAUGAAGGCCAAAACAGGUAUACUUAAAAAAAAAUCUCACAUUAUCAUAAAGACUUUCUCGAGUGGGAGUGAAAAUUUAAAAAAAAAAAGGGGAGGGGGGGUAAUCACCUCUGGAUUUGUCUCUAUGUACCUCAACCCUUUCUUGAUUGAAUGUUAGAUUGAGAUAAAGCUGUGAGCUCCCGACUAUAAAUAUAUUUUCGUUAGUUGAACAUCUCUGUGGCAUUUUACGUCUCAAGAGAUGAUCUGUUCCCUUUGCAAUUUCUCGUGUGACUAAAGAGGCCAAUCCUUGAUACACAGCUGCGGUCACAGUGGGCAUCUGUAAUCACCAAGCGCUGUUACAUUUUCACCCUUCUUUCUACUAGUGUUGUGCAUGGCAUCUGCAAUCCGGGACCCUUCCUUUAUGCUUGAUUAAUAGAUCAUGUGAAAAACAAAGUGACCAAAAGAAUAGCACACAAUGACACACAAUCAACAUUUAAUUCAAUAUUUGGAACACAUAUUACAUGCUUAUGGUUAGGAAACUCAAUAUGUAUCCCAAAUAUUGAGUUUCCUAACAAAAACAUGUAAUUGUUUUUCUUCCACCUAAUCCAGACCAAUUUGACUCAAAAGAACUUAUCGAGGCGACAGAUAAACCAAAAUGACAGUCCCACGUCAAAGAACUCUGCUUCGGUUAACCAGGCGUAAAGAGGGGGGGGGGGCGGGAGACGACUGUGAAGGAUAUAUUUUAAAUCGCUUAUCCCAUUCACUAUUUGUUUACGCUUCGAGUACCAAGGAAGUCAUUCUAUAACCUCGGUGACUUGGACAGUUACAAAUAAACCAUCAUCAAACUCUACUCAUAAAGAUCUAUUGAGCAUUGUGUUUUACAAGUAAUUAGGCCUACCCCACUCACCCAGAUCGUGAAGUAGACAGAAGACCAUUCUAUAGUAUAGUGGCCAACCCAAAGUGAGACAUUGUCAAACAGCAAGGCAGGCGUUUUGAUGCGUGUCCAAAGUAAAUGUAAUUUAGUUGGGGGAAAAACUUGGAUGAGGCUACGUAGACUUUACAUCAUUAUCAGGGGAGAGGUGGGGUCUUUCUAACGAAAGUUGCUUUACAACCAUAGCCAUAGCAAGAUUGACCAUUGCCCAGUUCGUAUUGUAGAAAAUCACAUUGACAUAUAUUGGUCUGAAAAAAAAUGGAAGCAGUAGAUCAAAAAAUGUUUAGUGUGUCAGGUUUACGUUGUUAGAACUUCAGAAUCGUCGAAUCCCAGCCCACUGGCUUGACUGUUUCUUUCAUUGGUAAUCAUGACUUUUUGUAUUUGUUUACACCAUAGCAAUGAUCAACUUCUUUCUCCCCUUGUAUAUACUAACUUUAUAGAGAUUUUGUUCAAUGAUGUACAGUUUUCAUAAAAAUCUACAAAAAUGUGAAUAUUAUAUAAACACACAUUUCUUGAUAAAAUAACAUUUGUAUUCA